UCGAAUGGCACCCUCAACAGCAACAGCGUGCGCUUCUGGACCGGCCAGAAUGUCGGCUGGGAGGGCAUCGUGACCGUCGACGGCAUCUCGUACGAGUGGUUGGGCACCGGCCUCAAGGCCUUCCCCAUCGUCGACGAGAUCAAGUCCGCCACGCCCCUCACCGUGAGCUACGACUCGCAGUACUCCAACUUCACCUUUGCUGCGGGCCCCGUCCAGCUCACGGCCAGCUUCUUCUCCCCCGUCACCCCCCACGAUCUUUGCCGGACUAGCAUCCCGCUUAGCUACUUGCAGGUCUCGUACCUGUCCACGGACAAUUCUUCCCACAGCGUGCAGUUCUAUGGUGAUGUCGACGACUCGUGGAACAACUACGCUGCGAGCGCUGCCGUCAACUAUGACCUCUAUGCUGAUGCUCAGACGGUCGGUGGCAAUGAGUAUGACUUUUCCGAAACAAACGACUUUCCCAACUGGGGAGAUUUCGCCUACUCGACCACUGCAGGCACGGCGGUGAACUUUACCCACCAGGCCGGAGACGCGGUUAAUUUAAGGUACAACUUCCUAAAGAGUCACCAGCUCACUAAUGUGCGAGAUAAUGACAUAUCCCACCCCGUCUUUGCCUACGCGCACGACUUUGGAAAUAGCAACUCCGGCAGCGCUCUGUACACCGUCGGCACGAUCCAAGCUCCGCAGAUCAAUCUUUUGACGAGCGAGGGGCUGCAGUCGUUGCCGCCGUGGUGGGCCAGUCCGAGUUGUUAUGGCCCUGACCAGUCCAACCUCAUCGCUUUCCACUACGCGGACUUCCACUCUUCUCAAGGCAUGGCAGCUCAGUUCGAGACUCAACUCAAAGCGGAUGUGAACAACUAUUAUGCCACCGAGGGUGUCAGUGUCUCCAGUAACGCCCCUGCGACGCCAGCACCGGCGUGGGCCAGCGCUGGAAUGGACAGCUCCACCAUGGACAACUUCACCAGGGGCGUGGACCAGUUCGGAGAGGCCUACAUCUUCGACUCGAGCAACGCGUACGGUUUCCUCAACCCGAACGACUUCAGCGGCGUUGCGGUCCCGGACCUGUCCGAAGCUCAAGCCUACUACUCAAUCGUGGCGCUGUCGGCGCGGCAGAUCAUGGGCGCGUACACCCUGACCGUUCCUCCAAACUUCAACGGGGACCAGGCCACCAGGUACAAUUCGUCGGAGCCAUUCAUGUUCCAGAAGGAAAUCUCGUCAAACGGCAACAUGAACACCGUUGAUGUCUUGUACCCAGCCAUGCCUUUCUUCCUCUGGGCAAACCCGGAUCUCCUGAGGUAUGCGCUGAACCCGCUUUACUUGAACCAGGAAUCAGGCUUCUACCCCAAGGAUUACUCGAUGCACGACCUAGGCACGCACUUCCCCAACGCGACGGGCCACGUGCCCGGCGACGACGAAGCCAUGCCAGUCGAGGAGUCUGGCAACAUGCUGCUGAUGAGCUACUCGAUCUACAAGUUCACGGGCGAGGUGCAGUGGCUGCGUGACCACUACAGCAAGCUGUACCAAUGGGCGCAGUUCUUGAUCGAGUACGCGCUGAUCCCAUCCGAGCAGCUCAGCACCGACGACUUCCUCGGUACGCUGGAGAACCAGACCAACCUCGCGAUCAAGGGUAUCGUGGGACUGCAGGCCAUGGCAGGCAUUGCCAGCGUGACGGACCACUUGGAUGACGCAGCCAACUUCUCCGCCACGGCCGCAAACUACUACUCCCAGUGGGAGGGCUUCGCGAUUGACCCGUCGGGGACGCACACGGUGCUGGCGUACCAGUGGCGCAGCAGCUGGGGCCAGCUAUACAACGCGUACCCUGACAAGCUGCUGAACCUAGGCGUCGUGACGCCGGAAGUGUACGCGAUGCAGUCGGACUGGUACGAUCAAGUGUCGCAAGUCUUCGGCGUGCCGCUCGACAACCGCCACUCCCUCACCAAGAGCGACUGGGAGAUGUGGACGGCGGCGACGUGCAAGCCGCAUACGCGACGACUGAUGGUCAACGCGCUAGCGUACUGGCUGAACCAGACGAGCACGGACAAGGCCUUUACGGACUUGUACGAGACGAUCGACACUGGCAGCUACCCCUCGCAGGCGACGUUUAUCGCACGACCCGUCGCCGGUGGACAUUUCGCCCUGCUGGCUCUGCUGCGUGCGGGCGCGACGUCGGCA